CUUAAAUUUAGAACAUAUCAUUUUUGUUGACUAGUCAUUGCCUAGGUACUGAAUGGUAAUCAUACCAAUUAGAGAGGCAAUGACUAGCUAUUGCCUCACCACAUUUAUGGCAAUGGGAUGUAUAGAAAUUGAUGAAAAUGAUAAUUAGGUACAAUGAUUUAUGGGUAAGGGGCUUUUGUUAGUUGGGUUUUAUUUUAGUUUGGUUCUUCUUCAGGGUGUGAACAACAACACACCUAAGUUUUUUGACAAAACCCUUUCUUCUUCUUCUUCUUAACUUGAGUACUUUAACUUGGUAUCAAAGCAUUGGAAGAUCAAGGAGAGCAUCAGCCACUGGUUGUGACUCACAGAUGAACUUGCUGAUGUCAGGACGCUGCCGGUUGACGUCAGUAGCCUGUACAAUCGAUGGCGUCCAUUUACGGUUUUGACACCCAUUGAUGUGCCUCGUUUUAGAGGAAUUUUGAUAUACAUAUCAUGGAGAUAUGAAGCUCUUUUACAUUUUCUUGGAUUUUUCAGAUGAAAAUUGGCAAAAAAUUUGGAGUUUAGGGCUUGCAUGCUCGCAUUGUGUGCUGGUUGUUGUUAAAUCCACUUGCGUAUAAAUUGUGGUAAAUCUCUGAGAUUAUAGGAAGUAGUCUCAGAUUUUUUGGAGACCUAAAACUUUUUUGGGAAUUUUUUUCUUCCCCUAUUUUGCCACUAACACCUUCUUUUCUUUUGUUUUAUUGUUGUAGCCCGUGUUUAACCUUCAAGGAAAGGUGUUUGGGUGUUCAUCUAGUGUUGGGAGAUCAUGGUGUUGGUGAGAAAAGUGUUUUUAGAGGGGUGGUGAUUAAUGGACUCACACAAGGAUGUGUAUGUACCUACCUAUGUCCUCUUGGGAAGUAAUGAUAGUGCUAGAGGGAAAAUUACUACUGUAAAACUUGAUGGAACAAAUUUUCUUGAAUGGUCUCAAUCAGCUAAUCAAUUGGUGGAAGAGGUAAGCUUGGGUUUAUUAUCGGUAAGGAAGCUAAGCCGAAGCCCGAAGAUCCAAAUUAUUCCAAAUGGGAUCAGGAUAAUUUGCUGGUUAUGUCAUGGCUUGUAUGCUCUAUGCAGCCUCACAUUGCCCGCAACUAUAUGUUCCUUUCAACAGCUAAAGACAUUUGGGAUAGGUUAACUUCAACUUAUUGUCAAGCGAAGAACACGACUAGAUUCUAUCAGUUGCAAAGAGAAGCAUGUAAUAUGUGACGGGGGGAGAAAUCGGUGGCCAUGUAUUUCUCUUCCUUACAAUCAGUUUGGGAAGAAAUGGAUCAUUUAGAAGCUUUGGAGUGGAAGGAUCCUAUUGAUGCUGAACAAUACAGGAAGUGCAUUGAGAAAAACCGAGUUUUUGAUUUCCUUGUUGGACUAAAUGCCGAUUAUGAUUUCACUAGGCAACACAUCCUUAGUGUUGAUAUUUUGUCACUCUCCACAGCAUAUUCUUUAGUGUAGAAUGAAGAGAAUAGGAGGAUUGCGAUGAUGCAAGUUCCUGUUAGUGAGCACACAACUCUUGUGUCUAUAAAACCCAAACAGAGUUCUGGUAAACCUGAAGAGGUAGUUUGUGAAUAUUGCAAGAAGCCAAGGCACACCAACGAUAGGUGCUGGAAACUAAAUCCCAACCUAAAGCCUGAGAAGUUUAAAACUGGAAAGAAGGUUAAUGCUCAUGUUGCUACAACUAGUCAUCAUUCUCAGACUCACAUGCUUGAGGGAAAUUCUUUUGCUCAGGCAUCUACUCAUGGCACCUCUGAUGUGAUGGAAAAAUUGAGAGGCAUCUUGAUCCAUCUUGAAAAGAGUGGGUUGCCUACAUCUGCUGGUUCACAUACACCUUCUAGUGCCUUUGCAAAAUUAGGUACUACACUUGCGUGUCAUGCCUCAUCCUCUAGCUCUUGGAUAAUUGAAAUAGGAGCUAGUGAUCAUAUGACUGGAUCUAAGUACGGGGAAGACGAUUAGUAGUGGACAUGAAGCUGAUGGAGUUUAUCUUCUUGAUUAGUCUCCAAAGUUUGGGUUAAUGUGUCAGUCUGAGUUCUGUCAUGAUGAAAAACUAAGUCAAUUGAAAUUGUGGCAUCACCGUCUUGGGCAUGUGCCUUUUGGUUCAUUGAAGUUUUUGUUUCUUAUUCUGUUUGAGUCCUUGUCUAGUUCUGGUCUACAAUGUGAGGUCUGUCAACUAUCAAAGCAAUGUAGAACCACAUAUUUUGCAAGUAACAAGAGAAGUAAUGUUGCUUUCCAUGUAAUACAUAUUGAUGUUUGGGGACCUUAUUCUGUUCCAUAUAUGGGUGGUUAUAAAUAUUUCAUUCUCUUUGUUGAUGACUACUCGUGGUAUACCUGGCUGUAUUUGAUGAAGAGUGGCAAGAGCCGAGAUGAAGUUCCUUCAAUUAUAAAAGGCUAUUUUAAUAUAGUGGAGACACAAUUUCAAAAGAAGAUUAAGAUUAUUAGAUCUGACAAUGCUAAGAAAUACUUUGAGAAGCACUUACAGACUUUCCUUGAAGAGAAAGGAGCAAGUCACCAAAGUUCAUGUCCUCAUACCCCCUAACAAAAUGGGGUAUCAGAGAGGAAAAACAGACAUGUGGUUGAAGUUGCCAGGGGAUUGUUAUUCCAGAUGCAUGUCCCAACUCGGUUUUGGGGGGAUGCUGCACAAAUAGUUGUAUAUCUUAUUAGCAGACUUCCUUCGCGGACCCUUCAUCUCUAGUCUCCUCAUCAACUGCUUUUUCCUGAUGAGGAUACCUUCCAUCUUCCUCCUAAGGUCUUUGGGUGUGUUUGUUUCAUCCAUGACAUGAGUCCUUUUAGGUUGAAAUUUGAUCCAAAGUCUAUUAAGUGUGUCUUCUUGGAAUAUUCUUUAGUCCAAAAAGGGUACCGUUGUUAUGACCCUCGCUUUGGAAAAAUGUAUGUGUCUAAAGAUGUCACAUUCUUUGAGCCUACUCCCUUCUUUUCCUCUUCUCGUCCUUCUCUUCAGGGGGAGAAUGCUAGUAAAGAUUGGACUCCUUCUUGUAUGCCGAUUCCUGCUCCAGCUAUAACUGGUAUUGUCGAUCCUUCUCCUUCUCUUCUUCCUCCUUGUGGUGGUAGUAAUACUCCUCCUGUGCCUCCUAUUCCUCAGUCUUGGCACUAGUGGUUCGUUAGACGGAAAAGGAGGAUGACUCUAGAGAUUGAAUAUCCAUUACGGUUUGACUUCCUAGACUCAGGUAAUUUGGAUUCUGAACCUCUUCUUGUUUUUUAUACUUGCGGUGAACCUGUUACUGAGCCUCCUAGUGUGGUUUCUGAUCUUAACCUUCCUAUUGCGGUUUGUAAAGCAAAAAUGACAUGUGCUAAAUAUCCUAUCUCAAAUUAUGUCUCUUAUGAUACCUUAUCUCCCUCUUAUUGUGCCUAUAUCUCUUCCAUUGCUUUUGUUUUUAUCCCUCACAGUGUUACUAAGGCAGUGCAGUUCCCUCAUUGAAAGGAUACUAUGAACCAGGAAAUUGAGGCGCUUGAGAAAAAUCAGACAUGGGACGUUGUUUCUCUUCCAGUGGGCAAAGUUCCUAUUGGGUGUAAGUGGGUUUACAUAGUGAAGCAUAAAGCUGAUGGCUCAAGUGAAAGGUAUAAAGCUCGGCUUGUGGCAAAAGGGUAUACUCAAUCUUACGGCAUUGAUUAUCAGGAAACCUUUGCUUCAGUAGCCAAGAUGAAUUCAAUUCGAGUUAUCAUGUCUCUUGCUGCCCAUUAUUCUUGGUCCUUGUAUCAAAUGGAUGUUAAGAAUGCCUUCCUUAAUGGCGACCUUCAGGAAGAGGUCUACAUGGAACUUCCUCCUGGAGUGAACAUCCCUGGGAGUGAAGGAAAGGUUUGUCGUUUGAAGAAAUCCCUUUAUGGCCUUAAACAGUCCCCUAGAGCUUGGUUUAACAAAUUCAAAAAGCUAUCUUAGAAAUUGGUUUUUUUCAAUCUCAAAUGCACAAUAUCCAGAUAUGGAUCUCCUGUCAUCAACACAUCUAGCCCAAUCCGCAUCUGUAUACACUUUUAUUUUCAUGUGACCACUAUUCUUGAAGAGUAUACCUCUCCCUAGACGUCUCUUUAAGUAGGCAAGAAUCCUUUCUACUACAAGGAGGUGGAUGAUCCUAGGAGAAUGCAUGUAUUGGCUAACAACACUAAUAGCAUAAAAAAUAUCUGGCCGAGUUAGGUAGAGAUAAAGAAGUUUCCCAACCAGCCUUUGGUACAUAGCCCUGUCCUCAAGAAGUUCUCCAUUUUCUACACUUAUUUUAUGGUUAAGCUCAACAGGUGUGUCAGCAGGUUUCACUCCUAACUUUCCAAUUUUUUCCAAUAAGUCCAGAACAUACUUCCUUUGAGAGAUAAAAAUGCCAUGCUUAGA